AUGAAGGGAGCUUCGCCUAUCGCCCAGCCCACAUCGCAUGGCGGCAGCCCUCGUUUGGAUUCGGCGCCCGUAGGCGGUCAGCAGCAGCAGCAGCAGCAGCAGCAGCAGCAGCAGCAGCAGCAGCAACUUCACUCUUCUUCCUCUUCUCCCGGCCUCCACAAUGGUAUCUCCUCUUCGGCCCAGCACUCAUCGAGUGGCACGGCUGCCCAGCCCGUCGCUGCAGACGGCACAGAGAUCGAAGGCAGUAGUAGUAGUAACAAUAACCAGCCCUCGAUAUCAUCGCCGUCUGCACAGCCGGGGCCUGUCAUAGAGUCUGGCAGUGGCAGCGUCGCCAACGGAAAGGAGGGCGAUGACAGCAACAACACCAACCAAAGUAAUGAUGCCAACGAAAAGGUCAAGAAUGACAAGGGCAACAUGUUCCAGCGCGCUCUGCGCACCACCAAGACCAUCCUCUUCCACUCGCGCGUCAACCUGCUGCUUGCCUUCGUGCCCGUCGGCAUUGCCGUUGCCGAGACGCACAUGUCGCCGGCUAUCAUCUUCACCAUGAAUGCCCUGGCGAUUGUGCCCUUAGCCGGACUGCUGAGCUAUGCUACCGAGUCCGUUGCUCAUCGUCUGGGCGACUCGCUGGGCGCUCUGCUGAACGUGACCUUUGGCAAUGCCGUCGAGUUGAUCAUAUUCAUUAUUGCUCUUGCCAAAAAUGAGAUUCGAAUUGUCCAGGCCUCGUUGUUGGGCUCCAUCCUGGCCAACUUGCUGCUCAUUCUGGGCAUGUCAUUCUUCCUUGGCGGUCUGCUCUUCCGCGAGCAGAUCUACAAUAGCACCGUCACUCAGAUGAGUGCUUGUCUGCUGAGUCUGAGUGUCAUCAGUCUGGUCUUGCCGACCGCCUUUCAUGCUUCGUUCCGAGACAUUGAAACUGCCGACGCUCAGUCUCUCAAAAUCAGCCGCGGCACCAGUGUGAUCCUUCUCCUGGUGUAUAUCAUCUACCUUCUCUUCCAGUUAAUCUCACACUCGUACCUGUACGAGUCGACGCCUCAGCACAUCAUCGAUGAGGAAGCCACACCUGGCCCAGCUGCUAGCUGGCUCGAGUCCAGUUCCGACAGCAGCAACAGCAGCAGCAGCAGCAGCAGCGACAGCUCCUCGUCGAGCGACUCGGAAUCGUCUGUUUCGGAUCACUCCAGGGACACCCGGAAGCGCAUCAAGCGGAUGAUGCGUCGCAGGCGUUCCAGCGGUAGCUCGAGCCAUUCGAACCACUCAAACCGCGAUUCUCGGCCGACGACGUCCAGCUCGAACGAUUCUUACCCUGCCAAGGGCGACCAGCUGACCGACGAGGCCUGCCGGUCUAAGUCGCACAAGUCGAGCACAGCUGACGAGGACGAUGGCCAUGAGGCUGAGGACGAAGAUCGCCACCACCGCAAGAAGCGCCGCCGUUAUAAGCGCUCCUCCAAGAAGCAUCACCACAAGCAUAAGCAUGGGCACAAGAGUCACGACGAGAGGGCUGCCAUCGAAAGCAGCAGCAACAACGUCAUCGCUGGUCCCUCUCAACCCCCCGUGCAAAACCUCCUUUCGCCCUACGAACCUCGUCGUCGCGACUUCGCCCAGCAACCCCCUUCGGCCCCAAUUGUUGUUGCUCCCGCUGCAAACCCAGUCGGCACCCCUCGCACGCGCAGCCCCCUGCAAACCCUGCGCGAACGCCUCGCCCCCGGUGUUUUCGCGCCCCUGCCUGAUCCCGCCGUGCCAGUCAUCCAAGUCCAGGACAGCACGACCCAUCGUCUGCGGAGGAUCAAGUCCAUGCCGGACCGGCUGCACCGUACCUCGUCGACAUAUCAUCCCCAAAGCGCAAUCAUGCCUUCCCAGAUCCCGCUCGCGCACAAGCCCUCUACCGCAGCGAUCCUCAAGGAGGAGCAAGGCGAGGAGGAGCUGUCCCGCAAGGCGGCCGUGCUCCUUUUGUUAGUGUCAACUGGUCUGGUUGCGCUGUGCGCCGAGUUCCUAGUCGACUCCAUCAACGGCCUGGUGGCAACCACUCAUGUGGGGGAAGUCUUUAUCGGCCUGGUCAUCCUCCCCAUCGUGGGCAACGCGGCUGAGCACGUUACUGCCAUCACUGUGGCGAUGAAGAACAAGAUGGACUUGGCGAUCGGCGUGGCGGUGGGCAGUUCGAUACAGAUUGCGCUGUUCAUCACGCCGCUGGUGGUGAUUAUUGGGUGGAUCAUGAACCGAGAGAUGACGCUGUAUUUCACGCUGUUCGAGACGGUGUGUCUGUUUGUGUCGGCGUUUAUUACGAAUUUCUUGGUUUUGGACGGGAGGAGUAAUUACUUGGAGGGCGCGUUGUUGAUCGCCACCUAUGUGAUUAUUGGUGUGGUGGCGUUCUUUUAUCCGGAGGCGAAGGAUGCUAGCAGUUGGGGGACUGCUGCUUGA